AACCAUGUUCCUGCCGCGUGUUAAUUAGUUUGCUAUAAAAGAUCCCGCACUCCUUUCUGGGACACCACUCAGAAGGUAGCCUUCGCUGUUUUCGUCAGGUCCUGUGACAAUGUUGAAGCUGUCCCUUGUUCUCCUGGGCGUCUGCGCCAGCCUUGCCUAUGGUCUUGGGGUUGGCUAUGGCGGCGGCCUUGGCGGCGGCCUUGGUGGCUAUGGCGGCGGCCUAGGUGUUGGAGGCGGCAGUUAUGGUCACAGUGCCGGAGCUCAGCAGGGAGGAUUCCAAUCUGGCGCUGCUGGUCACCAGCAAGGAAGCGGUGGCUUCGCAGCCGGUGGUUCCCACAAGAACGUCCAGGGCUACAGCGACUCUACCGGCUACCGCCACAGCUCUGGCUUCAACUCGGCUGACAGCAACCGCUACGGAGCUGGCCACAGCCAGGGAUCCAGUGGUUUCAACCAAGGAGCUGCCGGUGCAGGUGGUGCCUACGGGUCUCAGGGCUACGGCAACCAGUUCGGACACUUGGGCUAAAUAGGUUGUGCGAAACUCGGACCGAACAAGAAACAAGGAUCCCAUAUAUGUGAAGAUGAGCUGGAAUCAUGGAAUGGAUGACACCCCAUUGUAUUAGUACCCCCAACCACUUUUGUACAAAAACCGUGCAAUAAAGCAUUUUGAUAUUUCAUUAAGUA